AUGCAACAAACUUAUUCUGUCUCGGUGGAGAAAUAUAGUGAAAAAAACUUGAUGGAGAGUUUUCGCGAUAUUCUUACUGAUUGUCUUCCUAAUACUUCACCAAUUCCGGAUGUAUCACAGGAACUCGUUAUUUGGGCAAAAUUUGAAAAGUUAUCCGGCCCAGCUAUUGAUAAAGUUACCUUCCUUCUCGCGAUUAGCACUAAUCGUGGUUUCUAUAUCUGGGCCAUUUUGAACAAUGGCCAAGCUACUUUACUUCUUUCUCGAGUUGGUCUUUAUGCUCUCGCUGCGAAACUUCUAACUCCCCCUCAUUCUGAAUACGUGGACUACAUCCAGGAAUCGCGUCCAAUAGUUGCUAUUUGCAGCGAACAAAAUGUAAAUCAAUGGAAGGUCUUUUUCACUUCCCUUUUAUCUGGUGACAUUGUGUCAAAUUAUACAUCUCCUUCCUAUAUCUCCUCCAUGGAUGCUAAUCGUCGAUUUGUAUUAAUCUAUCGAGUGGAUUGCGUUUCCGUGCUGUCUGCUCAUACCUUACUAGAGCUAUUUACAAUUGGAAAUGUGAAAACUCCCCCCAAAUCCUUGUACGUCAAUUGUCUUCCGGCUGCUUUGGGUCCUCGUUGGUUAGCCUUUCCGGACACUAGGCCCAUUUACCAUCAUAUGUCACGUUGCGGUGAUGCCAGUGAUGAUUCCUCUAAGCCUGUGGCAACGACAGUUCUCAACGUGAAUAAACGUUUCUGGGGUGGUUUAUCAGCCCUGGCUAACACCGUGUCUAUGGGUGGAACUAGUAACUACGGCCGUAGCUCUUUACCAGGUGACCAUCAGGGUAGUGAUUCAACAGACGAUACGGCUGAAGGUUCGUCGGCUAGUUACGUCUCUGUUGUGGAUUUAGUUCAUCUCUCUGAAAACUUCAGCAUCUUCGAAAAUUAUAAAUGUCUAACAUCACCUGCUUCGCAAGCUGAUUCAGAUGAAGAACUUCGACAAUUGGAAGUAAAACUUCAGCAACAAAGGUGUCUGUUGGGAAGUAUUGCAGCAACAUCAGUCUAUCCAGUUCUGCAACACCCACAUGUCUGUUCCACGUUGAAGCAACACCCUUGUCAGCAUUGUCAGCAGCGUUUGAGACAGCAACAACAGGAACGCCAGACUUCUCUUAGGCAGAAAAAUGUCAUGCCUUCAGAGGAAUUACUCCUAUCUCACAAGAAUGCCUCGAUUAAUGUUCAUGACUUCGCUGACAAUGGCGCGUUGGUGGCUCAUUUCUUGGUAAGUAGUAGUAUAGAAAUUUAA